GAUGAGUAGGAUGUCGCAAAGAGAUUGAUUGCCGACACUCGCCGCCCAAAAAACAGACGAUCCUGACCAAAUGCGCCUCCCGCGGCGCCCCCUUGCCUAGUUCCAACAUCACGGGAGCUGUCCCGCGGCAAAGGAAUGAUCCUCACUCAAUGCCCUGCCUGUGCUGCCCCUCUGCCGCCGCGGGCCGCGAAGCAAUGCAGCCGCUGCAAGACGCGCUACUGCGGGCCGGCCUGCCAGGUGCAGCACUGGAAAGCAGGCCAUGACAAGCUCUGCAGGAAGAUAAGGAAAAGCGGUGGCGCCGAGCAGUACCACGCCAACACCAAGUACGCGGAGGCCGUAGCGGUCGCGGCGGAGGCGUGCGCGGAGGACACGAAGGGCCAGACGUGCUACAUCUGCACGGAAGCCGUCCACUGGAAGACGAAGGAAGGCCUCGUGCGCGGGUGCGCGUGUCGCGGGACGGCAGGCGUCGCGCACGUGUCGUGCCUGGCGGAGCAGGUGAGGAUUUUGUGUGAUGAGGCCGCGGAGAACCAUUUGGAUAUGAGCCCGAGGUGGGUGCGGUGGCACACGUGCAGCCUGUGCGAGCAAAGCUACCAUGGCGUCGUGUUCUGCGCGAUGGGGUGGGCGUGCUGGAAGACGUACGCGGGUCGGGCGGAGAACAACAAAGCUCGAAUGAGUGCGAUGACGGUGCUCGGGAGCGCCUUGUGCGCCGAAGACCAGGAGGGCGCGUUGCGUGUGAGAGAGGCCGAGUUGGCUAUGCUGCGGUACCACGACUCGCCAGAAGAAUACUUACUCAUCGCGCAGGGUAAUCUGGCGAAUUCGUAUCAAAGGCUCGGACGGGCUGAAGCUGCUCUCAAUAUGUAUCGAGACGUAUACUCCGGACGGCUGAGGAUCUUUGGCGAGGAACAUCGCGACACCCUCAUGGCGGCCAACAACUACGCGAACUUUCUUAUUGAACUGCAGCACUACGCAGAAGCCAAGUCACUGUUGCGCAAAUUGGCGCCCGCGGCGCAACGUGUUCUCGGAGAGAGCGAGCAACUUAAGUUCGUGCUCAGGAUGAUUUACGCGCGGGCGCUCUACAUGGCUCCACGCGCCACGGCCGAUGAUCUUCGCGAGGCCGUGAAGAUUCUCACGGAGACGGCACGGGCCGCGCGGCGCGUGCUCGGCGGUGCGCACCCUAGAGCACUGGCGAUUGAGGAGUCCCUGCGAGAGUCGCGAGCAGCGCUCAGCGCGUGCGAAGCAUCAGCUGCGUAAGAAAGUACAGUCA